AUGACGUCACUCCGCAUCCGCUUCUAUCGUGGUUUUGGCAACCGACGCAUGGACCAUAAAGCGACUUCUCACCAGAUGGCAAAGCGUCUGUGUGGAGCACGCUUCAAGGGCAAGCUGAUUGGUGUGGAAACGGUACCAAACGCCAGCGGCGACAAGAUGUGCAGUGACUCUAUGCGCAAACUAAAGCGAAUGGAGUUGGCUGCAAGGAAACGGGGCAAGCACAAACAGAGCAUUUGGCUGAAAGUCUCAUCUGAAGGCGUGCAGAUGGUGGACGAGAAAACUGGGCUGAGCCACGGAGACAAUGUUGAUGUCAAGGCUCUGAGGGCCAGGUUCAGCAGCAGUGCCAGCCCGCCAUACACCAGAAGCCAGGACAACAAUUCUCCAAUAUCUCCAAUGCCUGCUUUCACGACAUUCAGCCCAUCAACAGCAGAGAAGGACAUUUUUCAGCCCACAGCGAGUGAGCCAGACAUGAUGAAGCUACAAAGAGAAGAAGUACCCACCGACCCUGUUGUUUUUGCUCAGUCGCCGCCAAAUAUAAAAACCCGUACCCCCGGCCACUUUUCAGGCGUUAAUAAGGUCAAACACACGGGGGAAAUGUUAGAAAAAAUGAUGUUGGGGAGGGCUCUAGGUUCCACAGCUCCCUCUCGAGUGCCAACUUCAACCCCUCUCCCACUGCGACUGAGAAGCACAAGUGAUGUUGUUCCACUUAGAAAGCCACUUGCCCCUGAAGGUCCCUUUCCCUUGAAACCUAAACGACCUCGCAACGUUGAUCUGCAGCAAUUCAUGAACGUCACCAGGACAGAUGAAAGUGACAUGUAUGAGCACAUUGAUGAGGAUCAAGUGAGGCUGAAUGUGAAUGCUGACAAAAAGGUGCAGGAACAGAAAAGAGAAAAUGAGUUCAGGAAAAAAUUCCAGCUGCAAGCCGAGGAAGAAAUUCAUCACACAGCCAGAGCUCGGCAUGACUGGUACGGUGGAGGCAAACAGGACCUCAGGGUGCACCAAGGUGACAGUAUUGAAAUCCUCCGCGUGAAGAAUAACCCAGAGGGCAAGUGGUUGGCUCGCUCCCUGGAUGGAAAGUAUGGUUACAUCAGUAACACAUGUGUGGAUAUUGACUAUGAGGCAUAUGAGGGUCCUGUCAUGGUGUUGCACACUGUUAUGAUGGAUCCUAACGGUGUCAUGAAGAAGUUAGGAGGGAAGGAUCUCCAUGCGUCUCAGGGGGAUGUUCUGGAUGUCAUCCAGCUCACCGACAGCAAGAAAGUUCUAUGCUACAAUCGCACAUCAGGAAAAUGUAAGCGAGAUAUGUGA